GGAGCGUCUGUAGAGCGUGUGCGGAGUGUGUGUCGGUAUUCUCUUAUCUAUCACGUCAGGGGUAAGAGGAUGCAAAACUAUGGAGUUUAUCACAGAUAGAAUUAGGUUUGGUUUAUAGGGGAGUUGUAUUUGCAAAGGUUUAGGACGCUGUUCCGGAGUUACCCAUCUGUAACUUUCCUUCACUUUGCAUCCUCUGCUGUUGAAGAUGUCUGGUGGUGGAGUUUGGAUUUACGCAUUUUGGAUUUUACUGGUUGCCGGUGUUGAUUUGGUCCAGUCUUACUAUUCAGAGGACCAGUGCAGCUGGAGAGGCAGUGGUUUGUCCCAGCAGCAGGGCAGUGUGGAGCAGAUCUCCCUCCACUGCUCUGAGGGUACCCUGGACUGGCUGUACCCCAAAGGGGCCCUGCGUCUCACCCUCUCACCCCGCUUGCCCUCUGUGGCGGUGGGACCCGGAGGCAGCAGCUCUGGGCUCAUCACGGCCUGUGUCAAACCCUCAGAGCAGUUCCACGGAGCCCAGCUCUACCUGGAGAGAGACGGCGUCCUGGAGCUCCUGGUGGGAGACCGGCUGGAGUCCUCCCCACCUCCAAGGGUACGCUGCUUCAGCCGGCUGCCUGGGGAGAGGGUGGCCCUGUUCAUGCAGGCUACACCUCACCAGGACAUCAGCAGGAGGAUCGCAUCCUUCCGAUACGAGCUGAGAGGUGACUGGACCGCACGCCUGUCACUGGACUCCAACCCCAUCAGCAAUGAAGAUGCCUGCAGGCCCUGCAACAACACAGAGAUUUUAAUGGCUGUAUGUACCAGUGACUUUGUGGUGCGAGGUAACAUCCGCUCCGUAGAGGAAGACGAAAACCUCCGGGCAGCUGUGAUCAAGGUCAGCGCUACCCGAGUGUUUCGUCAGAAGUACGCGCUCUUCACCGGUAACAGUCGUCUGACCAGCCAGGGUGAGAUUAGGACUCUGCUGCAAUGUGGCGUCAAACCGGGGCCCGGUAGCUUCCUGUUCACCGGUCGGGUCCACUUCGGGGAGGCCUGGUUGGGCUGCGCUCCCCGCUACAAGGACUUCCAGCAGGCUUAUAUUAUAGCCAAAGCAGCCCAGCAGAUACCAUGUGAACUGCCCGUAGACUGAGUUCAGUUUGUCAAACAGCUCGUCUACUACGCAGAAUAGAGGCUGCACUGUCAGCCAGGCCCUAACUCAGCCCUGUUCCAUGUUUGGGAAAAAGAAGCCGCGGUGCUGAUGAAGCCACCAAUGGAUGUCAUCUUCCCAAAGGACUGAGGAGUGAAAUGGACUUGUGCCAACACCAUUUCAGUGCAAUAUGCAGUCACCUGGUCAAAAAGACUCAGUUGAGCUGUGACACAAGAGUCAUGAGUGAAAUGAAGACUAUAAGCAUUGGUACUGGACACAGAGACGCCGCAAUGCAGUCUUCCAUUGGGGAUCAAUUAAGCUAUUAAUUCAGUCACAGCUAUUAAACUCAGGAAAAUGUACAAAAUGCUUCCACUGAAAGCAUGCUGCCAGUAAAUUGAUAUCCUAGUCUUAAUGCAGGUGUUAUUGUGGUCUGAGAUUUCCAAACAGCUACCUUUGUCCGCUGUGUUUUUCACAAAAUGUUUGGCUUGCGUCAGACAGCUCCGGGACAGUUAGAGUAGCAUCCUGUUUUGGUGGCUUCCCCUUCAUCCUCAGUGUUACUAUUUUUAAGGAGAUUAUUAAAAGUCCUCACAAAAGGAAAUAUGAAAAAAAAAUUUGCACUGAUUAAAGAAAGUGAAUGAUCUGGCAAGUAUGAUGCUGCAAGCACUGAAAACCAAAAAAAAAAGCAACUAUAUGUAGCAUAGUGGAGCCAUUGAGAAUUUAAUAUAUGUACAGAUAAAGUGAGCACGAAUACAGUGCAGCAGUAACUAAGCUAAGGCUGCAGUAGAAGGUUUCACAGCUCAGACUAGUGCUAAGAGCACUUUCAUCUCACUUCAUCUUUCUGCAGACUUUGACGAACCCUGUAAAAAUUACACGAACAAGUCAUAAUUUUGCAAGAAAGCAUAUAUUAAAUUUAGUAGCCAUGCAACGUCACUGCAACAUUUGAAGUACACGUGACUUUAAAGAGAAUUAUUUGUGUUGAAAUGUGUUAGAGCUGAGGAGCUGCAGUGUUGCCAAAGCUGUUAUAAAACUGGUUGUCAAGUUUGUUAAGUUGCAUUUUAUAUUGUAAAGCUAGAAGAAAAAAAAAGAUAAUUUGUCACCUCUGUAUAG